AUGUCCCCAAAUCACAAGGUUCCAAGUCCCCAGAUCUUCAAGUACCGAAGUCCUCAAGUUCUAAAGUCCUCAGGUCUCCAAGUAACCAUGUCCCAAAGUCUACAAGUCCCAAAGACAACAAGUCUCAAAAUCCUCAAGUCCCCAAGUUACCAGGUUCCUAAAGCCCUAAUCACCAAGUCCCAAAGUCCUCAAGUUCCCAAUCCCGAAGUCCCCGAGACCCCCAGUCCCAAAGUCAACAAGUCCCAAAUUUCCGAGUCCUCAAGUCCCAAAUUCCUCAAGUCACGAAAUCACCAAGUCGCCAAGUCCUCAAGUCGCCAAGUCCUCAAGUCCCCUAGUUCGCAAGUCCCCAAUUCUCAAGUCCCAAAGUCCUCAAGUCCCCAAGUCUCCAUGUCCUUAAGUAGCCAAGUUCCCAAGUUCUCAAGUCCCCAAGACCCAAAGUCCCCAAGUCCCCAAGUCCCCAAGUCUCCAUGUCCUUAA